AUGGCUCCGAAAAUGGCACGCCAGUCACAAGCGUCACCGCAGACCCUUGCGCCCGUCAACUUGGGCGCUUAUGGCACGCCUUCAACAAGCCAGCCGUCCACCUCUUCAGCCGGCGCCCAAGCCAAGCCGCCCGUCGACAUAGCUGACCUGUGGGCGCAGCUGGCAGCGGCCUCCCCAACCGGCGGAGGCCGCGAUCGUUCCUCUCCAGCCGGGGUGCCCAAACGGCCCCUCUCCUUCAAGCAGCAGCUGCUCUUGGGAAGCAUGGGAUGUCACGACGAAGACGUCCUGCGCGCCCGCCACACCAACACACAGUUCAAUGUGCUCCUGGCCGAGGGCCGAAAGUACAAGGACGAGUUCACAGCGCAGCACGGCGGCAAGCCUGCCAGCACGUUCUUGUACAAUAUCACGGCCGAGAUUCACGAGGGCGACAUGCCCGAAAGAGCGGUGGCCACACACGCGGAGGUCAUGCAGCUGUGGAUCGCAGCUGCCGGAAGCCUCCGUGCGGACACAGCAAUAGAGCUAACAUACGAUUACAGCAUGGACGCCGCCACUGUCCUAAACGCGGACCAAGGCUUUGCGCGCACGGUGCUGGAAGCUGCACAGAAGGCGCGAGCGUCGGGAUCACUCCUGGCCACCACCACGCCAGCCAAGCGACCUGCAACCAGCCCAGCCGACCCACAUGCCAGUGCCCCCGCCCCUCAUGCCCGUAACCCACCCAGCCGGAUGAAGGACGACGCCCGCCGCUACCAACCCUUCCGAAAUCACUUCACCCUCACACGCCUCAUGUCCACCGCCAAUCCUGCUCUGGCCCACAAGAUGGAAGCCUUCUACAUCGCGCAGUUCAAGGCCCGGGGGCCGGGAGGCUACAAUGUGCUGCACGGGCCGCCUUCCGCCAGCCCGGCCUUCUACGCCAUGACCCAACAACGCGCAGGCGGCGCCCACACGCCCACCGCCGUCACAGUCCAGGACGAUGACGCCCCUGCCACGCUUGCCUAG